AUGCAUUACAUACUAGUAACAGAGUUGGAGAACACUAGUUUCACGUCUUGUAAAAUACAGGGCUUGUCUGCGGAAGACUGGACAGUUCUUGAGGCAGAAUUUACCAACCUUAACCUAACAUAUAUAAAACAAGAAACUUUCUAUGAGGUUGACAUCCCAGGUAUUCAGGUUUUAAAUAUACUAGCGCAAAUCAGAUACAAUUACAAGAUUGUAAGUCAGUCAAUGGCAAUAGAGAAAACAGUAAUUGGUGGUAGAACUCUUCAAGUGCAAAAGUUGGUCUGGACAUUAGGUAAAAUAUGA